GCAGAUUGAGCUUAACCAAGAAGUUCGUAGGCUAAUCAAGGCUGGCUUGACCUACAAAAGAAGAGAGUUCAGCCUGCCCACUUGGGCUUGUGUUGACACGGCUGAUAACUUGCCAUCACCUGUUGCCAGUGUGGAAAAAUUCUCCCUGUUGAAUUUUUUGCACAUGGAGGACAGCAGCAAAGAGGGCAACACAGGCUGAUAAGACCCAAGACAGCAGGGAGAUUAUUUUACCAUACGCCUUCAGGACGUUCCCUCUAGCUAGAGUUCUGGACUUCCGCAGAACCCGGUCCAGUCAUUUUGAUUUUGCUAUCUGUUUAUUUUUUUUUUCUUUUUCUUUUUCCCACUACAUUGUAUUUUAUUUCUGUACUUCAGAAAUGGGCCUACAGACCACAAAGUGGCCCAGCCAUGGGGCUUUUUUCCUGAAGUCUUGGCUUAUCAUUUCCCUGGGGCUCUACUCACAGGUGUCCAAACUCCUGGCCUGCCCUAGUGUGUGCCGCUGCGACAGGAACUUUGUCUACUGUAACGAGCGAAGCUUGACCUCAGUGCCUCUUGGGAUCCCGGAGGGCGUAACCGUACUCUACCUCCACAACAACCAAAUUAAUAAUGCUGGAUUUCCUGCAGAACUGCACAAUGUACAGUCGGUGCACACGGUCUACCUGUACGGCAACCAACUGGACGAAUUCCCCAUGAACCUUCCCAAGAAUGUCAGAGUUCUCCAUUUGCAGGAAAACAAUAUUCAGACCAUUUCACGGGUUGCUCUUGCCCAGCUCUUAAAGCUUGAAGAGCUGCACCUGGAUGACAACUCCAUAUCCACAGUGGGGGUGGAAGACGGGGCCUUCCGGGAGGCCAUUAGCCUCAAAUUGUUGUUUUUGUCUAAGAAUCACCUGAGCAGUGUGCCUGUGGGGCUUCCUGUGGACUUGCAAGAGCUGAGGGUGGAUGAAAAUCGAAUUGCUGUCAUAUCCGACAUGGCCUUCCAGAAUCUCACGAGCUUGGAGCGUCUUAUUGUGGACGGGAACCUCCUGACCAACAAGGGUAUCGCCGACGGCACCUUCAGCCAUCUCACCAAGCUCAAGGAAUUUUCAAUCGUCCGUAAUUCGCUGUCCCACCCUCCUCCCGAUCUGCCAGGUACACAUCUGAUCAGGCUCUAUUUGCAGGACAACCAGAUAAACCACAUUCCUUUGACAGCCUUCUCAAAUCUGCGUAAGCUGGAACGGCUGGAUAUAUCCAACAACCAACUGCGGAUGCUGACUCAAGGGGUGUUUGAUAAUCUCUCCAACCUGAAGCAGCUCACUGCGCGGAAUAACCCUUGGUUUUGUGACUGCAGUAUCAAAUGGGUCACGGAAUGGCUCAAAUACAUCCCUUCAUCUCUCAACGUGCGGGGUUUCAUGUGCCAAGGUCCUGAACAAGUCCGGGGGAUGGCCGUCAGGGAAUUAAAUAUGAAUCUUUUGUCCUGUCCCACCACCACCCCCGGCCUGCCUCUCUUCACCCCAGCCCCAAGUACAGCUUCUCCGACCACUCAGCCUCCCACCCUCUCUAUUCCAAACCCUAGCAGAAGCCACACGCCUGCAACUCCUACCACAUCGAAACUUCCCACGAUUCCUGACUGGGAUGGCAGAGAAAGAGUGACCCCACCUAUUUCUGAACGGAUCCAGCUCUCUAUCCAUUUUGUGAAUGAUACUUCCAUUCAAGUCAGCUGGCUCUCUCUCUUCACCGUGAUGGCAUACAAACUCACAUGGGUGAAAAUGGGCCACAGUUUAGUAGGGGGCAUCGUUCAGGAGCGCAUAGUCAGCGGUGAGAAGCAACACCUGAGCCUGGUUAACCUAGAGCCCCGAUCCACCUAUCGGAUUUGUUUAGUGCCACUGGAUGCUUUUAACUACCGCGCGGUAGAAGACACCAUUUGUUCAGAGGCCACCACUCACGCCUCCUAUCUGAACAACGGCAGCAACACAGCAUCCAGUCACGAGCAGACGACGUCCCACAGCAUGGGCUCCCCCUUUCUGCUGGCCGGCUUGAUCGGGGGCGCGGUGAUAUUUGUGCUCGUGGUCUUGCUCAGCGUCUUUUGCUGGCACAUGCACAAAAAGGGGCGCUACACCUCCCAGAAGUGGAAAUACAACCGGGGCCGGCGGAAAGAUGAUUAUUGCGAGGCAGGCACCAAGAAGGACAACUCCAUCCUGGAGAUGACAGAAACCAGUUUUCAGAUCGUCUCCUUAAAUAACGAUCAGCUCCUUAAAGGAGAUUUCAGACUGCAGCCCAUUUACACCCCAAAUGGGGGCAUUAACUACACAGACUGCCAUAUCCCCAACAACAUGCGAUACUGCAACAGCAGCGUGCCAGACCUAGAGCACUGCCAUACGUGACAGCCAGAGGCCCAGCGUUAUCAAGGCGGACAGUUAGACUCUUGAGAACACACUCGUGUGUGCACGUAAAGACACGCAGAUUACAUUUGAUAAAUGUUACACAGAUGCAUUUGUGCAUUUGAAUACUCUGUAAUUUAUACGGUGUACUAUAUAAUGGGAUUUUAAAAAAGUGCUGUCUUUUCUAUUUCAAGUUAAUUACAAACAGUUUUGUAACUCUUUGCUUUUUAAAACUUAAAAAAAAAAGUUGCUGAAGUACUGUACAGGGUUGUACAAUGAGAACCCAAUGCCAAGGCAAAAAGAACGAGUGAUUCUUUCUUAGGAUACACAUCAACCACUUCGCUGUUGAAGCUGUCAGAAUAAAUUCCUGGUGGUCAGAUGAAAGGGCAGAUUAAAUGGACUCAUCAGGUGGGAUUUCUGGCUGCUGACAUCGCUUUGGGCCAGGAAAAACAAGGAUGAAGAGGUUCCUGUCAUUUCUUAUGGAGUUCACAGAAUUAUUUGGGGCUUAAGUAGUACAAUGGAGACAGUCACGUGCAAUGCUUAAGGUGGUCUGACGGGGUCCCUUUUGCUGGAGGUGUUCCUGAAGAGAUUGAACCUAGUAACAGGCUUUAUUUUCAUCUUGUGUACAACAUGACAAAGACUGCUAAGAUUAAAAUCCGUCUCCCAUUUGUUGCAGCCUCACCUACACCAGGAUAGAAAGCACAUGAUGGAAUCUGUGAUGUCUAAUGUGUCUUAUGAAAAUAGCCAAACAACUGUCCCUGGCGAUUCUGCUUUGAUUGGCAUUUUUAGUCAUGGGAAUGUAUUUUUGCAGAAAUACCUGCUUUGUGUUUGGGCCUGUCUUGCUGUCAUUAUGAUGUAUUUUGAGAUGAUGAGUCAAGAGUCAAGGUUGGGAGUACAGGCCAAGACCAUGGAAAAAAAUCCAUGCUCGCUGGCCAAUAAAGAGCUUGAUGCUGCCUGGCCAAAUAAGGUGAUUCAGAUAGAAUCUGAUCCCGUUCAGAGCUCGGUAACUGUCACUGUACAGAAGACAUUGAAAAGGAAGUGGCAUAGUCAUGAUCACAAGGAUAUAUUGACAGUUAUCUAUAGCCAGGGUAGUUGUUAAUACCUGCUUGUUUGGGGAGAUAUGUUUGAUUAUAGAGACACUCUGGGCUACCCUCAAACACCAUCAGAUGCAAUUAGCAGCCCACGGCAUGGGACAAUCGCAGGCAGCUACGAGGAUUGUAUCCCCUGCCUAUUUUCCUUGUGUAUCAAAUGGAAAACAUUCUCCCCUGUGAGAAAGAAUGCAGUUUCUAAUUAUCUGGAUGUUCGUUGAAAACAUAUUAGACAUUGUCCCUGAGGUUACAAACAAAACCUAUAAUGUGACCUGUCUGGUAAAAAGUAUUAAUGAAGUAGCUCAUAUUACAACUUCAUUUUCUACUAGCACCUAUCAUAAUAGUCUUAGUCAUUUCACACAAAUCAGAACUUCCUUCCCCACCAGGGAGGACAACUUCAUGCUGUGAUCGAAGCAUCCAUUCAGAACACGAGGCAAUAGUGUAGUCCACAGGGAAUGGAUGCUUCACUUGAUCGCCGGACCUCAGCUGCAGAGGCCAUCGCAGCUCUUGAAAAAUGAAGUGGUUAAUUUCCAUUGGUAUCUUUGCUUAUAGCAUUUUUCUCUAACCUAUAACAAGGAGACAUUACGUUUUACUUUAGAACAUGAGAAUAGCAGUUUUGCUCACGAUUUACCAUUCCAGCUGCAGGGGAAAGCAAAGCAGAAAGCAGUGCCCCAAACGGAAAAAAGAUACUUACACAGAACAAAACAGUUCUUGGUCUUUUUCUUGGUCUUGUCAAACCCUGCCUGAUGCUCUUUCUAAAGUCAAAAUACGAAUGCUAAGAAGGCAUAACCUACAUCCUUCUCUGAUUUCUUCAGCAGGGUCAAAAGACAGUUACCAGCAAUGGGGAAUGCUUGUCACUGUGGAGAAAGAGUUUUGUACAUCUCUGGUACCGUUGUUAUAACAAAUCAGAUUUUCUUACUCUAGUUUUUUGUUUUCUAGCUACACACCCACCGGAAGAGCACAAAGGAAGGCCAUCGCAACAAGCAUUUUAAAAUUAAUAUCAAACAUGCACAUGCGUGGACACACACACACACACACACACACACACAGGGGCAUUUGUAAAGGUGUCCCUGGAUUGUAAGAUUUAUAACCGUUUAAGGCAAGGUGAAGGCAUUGCCAACUGUGUGUCCCUCAUAGGACUAGUGUAUAUUCACUGAAAGUUAACCUGAUGAUUUGUUAUUGUUUGAACCAUAUGCUGAUUUGCUUCUGGUUUCUGUUUAGUGUGUUCUCUCUGACAAGGGGCUGGAAGAUUCUGCAUCACACAUCCUCUGAGACCUACCAUGUCGCACACUUUGUUAAUGACAAACUUCACUCUACACUAUACAGUACCUUGUUGAUAUAUUCAGUAAAGUCUUAUUUUAAAAGAAAACCA